AUGAUACAAAAUGAAAUACCAGACUCUGAGGAGCUUGUAUCUCACCAGCCCAUAUGGUCAGUGAUCAAAGAUCAGAUGCGUUGGUACUAUGACUCAACCAUUCUUCCAGAGAUUGCCCAGAAUGCCGAUGAUGCAUCUAGUAGUGAGAUGUCUAUAAUACUUGAUGAUAAGUGUUAUGGAACUGAACAGUUGAUAACCAAGAAGCAGUAUGGUGAUAGGAACCCUGCUCCACUUCAAGGCCCAGCCUUGAUAAUUAUGAAUGAUUCCAUAUUCGAGGAAAAGGAUUGGAAGGGCAUUGCAGAGAAUGGCACCGGAUCCAAACAGAAGGAUGUCAACUCUGUUGGAAAGUUUGGCCGAGGCUUCAACUCUGUCUACCAUCUCACCGACUGUCCCCAGAUUGUCUCUGGAGAGAAGUUCUACUUCCCCGAUGUGCUCGGCAAGUACUUCCCACCAUCCGCCGCUGGCAAUGGAUUCAAACACGACUACUCUGUGCUCACAAGUCGUUGUGACCAGUUCCAACCAUUCGAGGAGCGUGGUUGUGAUAGGUCGGCCACGAGCUACCCUGGCACCAUCUUCCGUCUGCCCCUCAGGACUGAGAAGAGCAUCAUUGGUGAGCCAAAGACUGUUGACGAUGUCAGGGACUUGAUCAAUCGGUUCAUCGAGAUGGGUCCAUACAUCUUGCUAUUCCUUCGCAAUGUGAGGAAGUUAACCAUUUGGAUGGAUGGCAAGGUCGUGUACAAGGUCGAGGUGCAGGCUGGUGAUGAUGUUGCUGCCAAGAUCAAUGUGAUCAAACAGUUCAUCCAGAGCAUCACUGAUCAGAUACCAAAGAAUGAUGGUAUCACACCUGACCAGGCAAUGGAUCAGUUCAGAUUGUUGUUGGCCAAGCAGUCAAACUUCCCAGUUGAGCACUACCAGAUCGGUAUCAAGACCACCGACUACAGGAUCCAAAGUAUUAUCGAUCAUCCAUCGAUGAACGAGAACAAGUUGAUACCAACUGGAGGCAUUGCAACGCCGCUGACACUAGAUCCCGACUUCCGUGGCAGACUAUUCUGUUACCUGCCCAUUGGCAGCAUGUCCACUCAUCUACAAGUACAUGUACAUGGCUACUUCUACACAUCAAGCUCACGUACCAACAUCAUUAUGUCUGAACAUGAUGACAAGAGUACUUCAUCACAAUUGGUCGAUUGGAACAAGGUCAUCCUCGAUGAGAUUGUCCCAACCUUGUAUCAUCAGAACUUGGUGCAGUUGAACAAGCUCUACCCUGAGAGGACGGACACAUACCUCCUCUUCCCCACCAAUGACACAAACACCGAUGUUAGUCGUUUGAACAGUCCCACAUUGGCCAAGAUCAUUGAUGGACCAUCACCAUUGUUUGCCAAUGAGUUUGCAACAGAGGAGGACAAGACCAAGAGAUUCUUAUUGAGAGACCUUCAAUUGCUCAAUGGCCUACCCCCAUGUGCCCAGAGGGUACUGCGUGAGUGCAAUGUACCAUGCAUACUCUUGCCCAACGACUUGUUGAAAGUACUCGAGAGUAAUGAUACAUUCAGGAAACACCUCAAUCAUGUGUCCAAGGAGUAUAUCUGCACAUUGCUCAAGACAACAUCAUCAACAAUCUAUGAUGGUGACCUCCUCAAGUACCUCCUCCAAGUCGAUACCAACUCCAACUCCAACUCCAACUCCAACAGCAACACCAGCUUGUUGCUCGACGUUCCAAUCUUUGAGAAUGUGAAUGGACAUGUGGUCUCUCUCAAGUCUGGCACCAACCUCUACUCAACAGAGAGUGAUUGUGUGAUGGAUGUGCUGUCACCAAUCAUAGAGAUGUCCAACACUAUGUUGUCCAAACAAUGUUAUCAGGACCUUGUUGAUAUCAACUGUUUAUCAAACAUCCAAUCCCACUACAAGUUGUUGAACAUCAACUAUCCCACCCUGUUCUCAUUGAUUAGACAAUGGUACUUUGGCAAUGGUCGUCAAAUUGAGUGUGAUCCAGUCUCAUCAUUGGAUAUUGACAAGGUGUGGGCAUUCAUGUUGGAGACUGUGAACAUACCAUUGUUCCAAGGCCACCUCUCAUCAACAUUGCUUGACUUGCCGAUCGUUAGAACAUCCAACUCAUCAAAGUGGAUCGCAUUCAAUCAUCCAAGAGCCAUAAGUAGUUCAAUGUUGGACGAGUCAAUCCAUGACUUGUUCUCCAAACUCAACUUCCACAUCCUGGACUUCGCUUCCAACUCCAAUUGCAACAACAACUCCAACAACAUACUUUUGUCAACAUACUUCCAGAGCCAUGAUACACGAUCAAUCAUACUCAAUCAACUUGAUCACAAUGAAUUUGCCAACUUGGACCAUCAUAACAAGGAGUCAACAUUCAAACUGUUCCUCCUCGACCCUAAAUCGGAGUUCCGUGCAUCCAUGACUACACAACACAAGGUGCAACUAUCAAAGUUGCCAAUCUUUGACCUGUAUCCCAACAUGGAGGGUAGAUUGUAUUCCCCACUCUUUGGCACCGUCUACAGCUGUGAGGAGGACAUUGGAUUAUACACAAUCCAUCUCACAUCUUCAUACUUUGUUCGACUCGAUCAAUCAUAUUUGGAUUGUUGUCCACCCUCAUCCAAGUCGAUGUCCUUCUCAGAGUUCAAUCAAUCAUGGAUCCUGCCACACAUUGAUCAAUUCCCAAGUGAACUACAUCAUCAGGCAAUCACCCACUUGUUGGAGAACAUCAAGGACUACCAUAUGAAUCAAGUCAAGUCAAUGAGGUUCGUCCCUGCUCAUUCUUCAACGAUUCAUGGUGCCCCUCAAUCAAUGUAUUUCUUCAACAAGGACACUGCCAUUCUUAGCAAUGCCAACAUGAAUGAUCUCCUAAUUGAUCAGGGAUUGUGCACUGAUGCCUAUUCCGACCCAUGGAUGAUCCUUACCGCCAAGGCAAAGUUGGACAUCAAUCGUAUUCAAGACAUUGCCAAGCACAUUGCAUCAACCAAUGACAAUGAGCUAUAUGAUCAAUUCAUUGAGUUGUUGAGUUCAACAAACUCCAACUACACAGACAAUGAGUUGGCAACACUCUCCAACAUUAAUUGGAUAAGAGUCGAUCUGAGUGAUCACAAAGUUGAUGAGGGUGUCAUACUCACCUCACUCAAGGUCAUUCAAGGAUCAUCAUCAUUAUCAUCAUCUUUCUCCAGCCCAAGUAAUUGUGCUAGACCUGAGGAUUGGCAACUAUGUUUCACCAACAGAAUGAUUGCAGAUCUACCAGCCAGCUUCUCAGAGCGACUCAAGUUAAUACUAUUCCAUAGACCAUCGUUGGAGAUGGUGAUCACUCAUCUUGGUAACAUCUCAGAACAGAUGGACGAGCAUUCAUUUGGCAACACUGCAUCAGAUCUUACACAGAUCAUUGACAUCAUCUACUUGGAGCUAAAGAAGCAUAUCCCAACAUCUCCAACUAUACUUGAACAGAGCUUGUCCAAGUUCAAGUGGAUCUGGUGCGGCAGACACUUCACCACCGCAGACUCAGUGGCAUUCAAGAGUCAGACUGACCUCACUCCAUACUUAUUCGAGAUCUGUCCUGCACUCGGCCACCAUCGUCCACUUUAUGAACUGUUUGGUGUGCCAGAGAACUACAACCUGGAGCGAUUCGUAUUGGUGAUCAAUGCCAUUGAGAAGGAGAAUAGCAAGGUGCCAUUGCCCAAGGACAAAUUGCAGGUGGUGCUUAACAUCUUACAAGACAUUGGUCAACAACCAAGACAUCCGAUUGAGAUAUAUGUGCCGGCGGACAAUGGAGUACUUUAUCCCAAUAACCAGAUACUCAUUUGCAAAGGUGGAGACAAGCUGCCCGUUGGUCUACUCAACAAUGACUUCCACAAGAUCAACGAAGCAAUCUCAAACCUUGUCGCCAACAAUCUUGGUAUCAUAUCUGAUCGACAACUUCUACAUCAUGGCGAGGAAGAAAAUGGCUUUGGUCAAUAUGUCAACCUACACACUACAUUGAAAAAGAUACUCAAAGAUGGAUAUGAUGCUGGAUCAUUGAUGGGAGAGAUGAUUCAGAAUGCUGACGAUGCUGAGGCCACUCAAAUGGACAUUGUGAUGGACUUGAAUGAUUAUUCUUAUUUGGUCAAUCCUGAGAAUGCCAAGGACUACCCAGCCAAAUACUUUGAUUUGCUUGGCCCAUCGAUUACCUUUAUCAACAAUCGUCCAAUGUCUCCACAGGACAUCAAGAACAUUCAAAGUGUUGGAGACUCUGUCAAGAUGAAUGAUUCCUCAUCAAUUGGUCGCUUUGGUCAUGGCUUCAACUCUGUCUUCAACAUCACAGACAUCCCAUCCAUGGUCGCCAACGAGCACAUCUACUUCUUUGAUGUUCAUCAGAACCAUUUCGACCAGUCCAGCUACUUUGACAGCAACAAGAAGGGCAAGAAGUUCUCUUUUAUCAACACUGCAUAUAUCGACCCGAUCCUUCUCGAGCCUUACAAGGCCUACAAGAACUUUGGUCUCGAUCUCACAUCACCAUUCAAUCAAACAUUGUUCAGAUUGCCCAUGCGCAAGAGUGUCGAUCCAAUAUUCUCAUUCUCAGAUUGGACCAGAUAUGAUAAUAUUGCCGGUCAAGAGAUGGACGACAAUGGCGAACAGCUGUUCCAACUGUUCAUCAGCAAUGUUGAGAAGUCCAUGCUGUUCCUUCCCAACAUCAGGACGAUCAAAUUCCACCGUAUGGUCGAUGGCACCACCACACUGAUCCACUCUAUCUGCAGGACUGAUAGAUCAACCAAUCAUGAUAAUAAUAAUAAUAAUAGUAAUAACAACAACAAUAAUAAUAGUGUGCAACUAUUAGUCAAGCCGAUACUCGACAAGCUCGAGGGAACCGAUUCCAACGACCCCACCGACUGGAUUGCUAUGAGGGAGUUCUUGAUUGAGCCAGCCAAGAUAACAAGGAAGUGGUUGAUCGGUCGCCGUGUAGGAGGUCCAAUGGCCACGGCACUCUUCAGACAGUCCCUCAAACAAAUUGGUCAGUUGGUCAAUGCAAGAAAGCGACUGCCGAUUGGUGGUGCGGCCAUCCCAAUUGGAGAGCACGAUCAACCUUUUGUUGGCCAGGUGUUCUCUACACUACCCACCAAAAUCUUGACAGGUUUGGACGCUCACAUUGAUGGAUACUUUGAGUUGCAUUCCUCAAGGACACUCAUAGAAGACACCAAUGCCUAUCCAAAAGGAGUCAAGUUGGAUGUGUCCAAUCACACGCCAGUGAACAUGGGAACGCUUUGGAACAUGGUGUUGUUUGAAGACAUAAUUGCACCGAUGAUGGUCCAGUUGAUGAUUCAUGCUCGAGAUGAAGUUGAAUACACUGGCACCAUUGACAACUUCAUGAGUUUAUACGAUCACUUCCCGGAUGUCAACAAGUGUCUGAAACCAUUCACUCGCGUCAUUGACAGGUUCUAUGAGUUGGCAAUCAAUCAACAACUGUGCAUCAGGAUAUCUGUCAAUGAUGUGCCUUCAUGGUUCAAGUCGACGGAGAACUCGCUCCAUGUCUCCAAUGACAUGUUGACAGAGAAGACUCUCCCCAUCAUCAACACAAUGUGCAAGUACAAAGCAGAGGUCUUGAGAGUGUCAACCAAGCUCCUGCCCAAGGAUGCCAAGACACCACUCAUUAAUGGUCAAUUAUUCAGCCCCCAAUCAGUUCGCAACUAUCUAUACACUGUGACCAUCACACUUGUGGAUGAUGCACUAUUGUUGUUUGAUUACCUCGACAAACUCUUCCAAGUUGAGCCAGAGUCAAUGGUUGGUCUCACAUUGUUAUCCAUGCAUAAUAAUAUUGUGAAGAAGAUUGAACGAGCACACAAAGACACAUUCAUCAACAUCCUGUACACUGACUUGGCAUUCAACAUUCAUGGCGACGCAUCAGUGUAUGUUCAUCCAAAGCUGUCUCUCAAGCUAGCGCACAUUCUUGGCCUGCACCAACAGAUCCUCCACAACUACCGUGGGUACAAUGAAGCCACCAUUCUAUAUCGAUUCCUGCUCAAUGAUCCUCUGUUUAGAUACAAGCCCUAUGACACAAUCUUGAAGACAUUGACUCAUCUACGUGAUGUGUAUCAUCUCCUUGGUUACCAACAUCUGACAGACCUUAAGUCACUCGUAAUCAUUCCAUUGGGAACUUCUCAAUCAUACACAAUGACAACCAUCUCUCAUCUUCAUGAUCCAUCAGACAAGGACCUCAAGUUGUUCAGCUUAUCAUUCCCACCAACAUCAAUGCAAGGUGAGGAUUGGAGGAGUUUCUGGACGUCCAUGCACCUCAAGUCAGAGAUGUCGGAGGGAGACUUGAUCAGAGAGUGCCAGACCUUCUCAUCACAAUACUCUACAUUGGUGCACCCUGCAGAACAAAGUUUGACAACCAAGGCCACAUACUUGGUCCACCAAUUGGAGAAACGUCAUCUCCUUGAGGUUAUAACUUUGAGAAGUCUAUACUCCAACUGCACGAGAGAGGUCCUCACACUUGUACAAUGUAUUGGUACUGGCAAGAGACAAAUGGAAACCUGA